GCUAAGACAGAGAAACAUAUGUAUAUGUACAAAAGCCACAUACAGACAAACAGCAGUUUAUAUAUAAGAAAUCGAACCGAUUUGGAAGGCGUUUGCGGUGCCAGUUUAUUAAGCACUAGUGUACUUAAUAGGAAAUAAAGACUAUACCAGAAUGGAUAAGCUCUUGGAGAAAUAUCACAGCUUAUGUAAUUAUAUGGAGCGCGACACAGUGGGCACCGAAUUGGCCAUCUACGGCACCUCGUCGUUGAUGUUGCUGGUGGCUUACAUAAAGAGGAAGCCGGCUUAUCUGGUGCGCCAAUUCAAGCAGCCGUCCCAUAUACCGGAGCGGAUUAUCAACGAGAGGAUUAUGCAUACCGGACAAAUACGUGGCGUCCAGCAGCGUGAUCAGGAUACAUUGCUGAUGAUCAAGCAUCGUCCGCUGAUACCCAUCUUCACAUCUCGCGAGAAACUGCUGCCUGUGAAGCUGCCUGGCGUGCGGGUCAACGCCAAUGGCUACUCGUGGCUGCAGCAGUGCCUAAUUGGACGUGAGGCCACCUUCAUACCGCUCAACAAGAGCCAAGGACAGGAUUAUGUUGUCUGCCAACUGUGUUUGGUGCAUCCGCCCAAGGGCAAUAAGCUGAUCGAUGUAUCCGAAACUUUGCUCAAGUUGCGCUUCGCCCGAUUCGCUCAGGACGUUGCAGCGGCUGUGAAACGAAACAGUAAAUACUACAAGCACCUGCGACAGGUGGAGAGCAGCACUGCCAGCAAGGAGGCGUGGCUAACAUGGGCUGCGCGUUACCCAUUCAUCUGGGAGCGUUUCAAUCAGUUAAAGGCGUCGCUGCUGCCUAAGCAAAAACUGUUGCCCGAGCUGGUACGCUGAGCAAUCCACUGCCACGCCUUGACCUCACAAUUAAUUUUUAAACGAAACGUUGAACGUUUGAAAAUGUUUGUUAAUUUAAUUUCUAAGCACCCCAACAAAUUCAACGAAAAUCCCAAUAUAGAAGACGACAAAAAUCAAACAUGUUUUGCUGUUAAACUUUGCAGCUUGACUAAAAAUGAUAAGGAACGAAAGCGAAAAGAAUUUGAUU